AUGUCUGGUUUAUUCAAUUUGUCAUUGAAUAAAAUUCUUCUCUUAUUAAUCAUUUGUUCAAUAUUUGAAAUAAAUGAAAGUCGUUUUGUUUGGGAUUUUGGUUCUUAUUGUUUAAAUUAUUGUGCAAAAACAAAAUUUAAAUUAACUCCUGUAAGUAUUUGUUCAUGUCAAUGGAUUUCAUCAAAUUAUCGACGAUCACCAUUUCAUACAAUAUUAAAUAAUAACAAUAAUAAUGUUCCUUUUAAAAUAAAAUAA